AUGAGAACUCACGCCCAGGCUGGUAAGCGACCCCCAUUUUAUCACCGUCUUAGUUACACCUGCAAGGCACGCCAUGCGUCGUGCGACGAGAAGAAGCCCGUGUGCAGCAAUUGCGAGCGACUGAACCUGGAUUGCCGCCCAUUCGAGUUCAUCGUCCGCUCCCCGUGGUGCCCCCCGAAGACGACGCCGACCACUGUGGAAGCCGUUUUAGUCGAGCCGGGCUCCGGUGCCGAUGAUGCCUCGACAGCCACCCAGGCCACCCCGGCCCACCCAGCCCAUUCCUCCUCGGGCACAUCGGUGACAAACGUAGGGUCCGGGCCUCAGUCCUCCCCCUCCAGCAGUCAGCAGAGUCCUCCGGACUUGGCCUCUUCUGUCUCUCCCGGCUCGUCGGCUGCGGCAUCCUCGCACUCCGCCGCGUCCUCCAGCCUCGGCCCCCUCUCCAUCAGCCCCGAGGUCGCGCACCUGCUUUCUGUCUAUUCGACGGGGGUCGCCACCUGGAUGGACGUCUUCGACCAUGGCCGGUCCUACCAGUGCGAAGUGCCACGGCGCUGUCUCGUAUCCAGCCUUGUGACCAAAUGUGUCUGCGCCUUCACGGCCAAGCAGCUCAGCCUCCUCCACUCGGGCGAGGUCUGCAACACGCCCGACGCGCGCCGCAACGAGGCCCUCACGGCCAACAUGCUCCUGUCGAGCUACGAGAUGCUGGAGGCGCAUGCCCACGAGCACCAACGCCACCUGCACGGCGCCUUGGCCCUCAUACGGGAAUGUGGGAUCGACGCCCAGAGUACGGGUAUGGACCGUGCCAACUUUUGGAUCUACGUUCGGCACGAAAUCACCAUCGCGCUGGAGAACGAGACGCCCUUGCAGUUCAGCCCGGACGAGUGGAACUACGACGGGCCCACGGGGGAAGUGGGCGAGGACGUCCUGGGGAACCAUAUCAUCUGGCUCGUGGCCCGGGCCGUGGACCUCAUGUACGCCCCCGAUCGGGAUCUCCACAUCCUCCCCAAGUUCGAAGCCAUCCUCCAAGAGGCGGCGUCGUGGCACGACAACCUGCCCAUCUCCUUUCAAGGCGUCAAGUACGGCCAUCCGGACGAUCUCGGUUUCCGGAAGACCUACUUCGCCGUUUCAACAGCGGGUGAGCUGUUCUGGCAUCGGCAGCCAUGA